CUGGGGCGCGCCGGGCGGGCGGGGCGGCGGGCCGCGGGGUGAGCGCCGCGCUUCGCGCUCCUGCCGGCGGCUCCCUCUCGCCGCCUCUGCAGAAACAGCUCCUGCCAGAGCGGCGCGCGGCGCGGCCCGGAGCGGCGGCGCCUUCCUGCCUCCUCGCCCUCGGGACUUGUCGGACCUUCGGGCAGAGGAAAGCGGAGCAGGGCCGGGGAGGACGCGCCGAGAGCGGGCGGAGACGGUUCAGGCCGGCGGCCGGCGGGCCUCUCCCGCCCUGGGGUCCGCGCUCCCCUCUCCCCUUCCGCCUCCUCUCGCUCUGCCUUCCCAUUUAUUUUUUCAAAUGCUGUGGCCGCCAGAGGUGCGGCGCUGAAUUCUUGGAAGGGGCCCGGAUGUGCUGAGGAUGCAUUACAAUUUCACUGAAGGAGGCAGUAGUGGAAAGGAUCAGUUUUUGGUGUUUGAUGCAAUAAUGGGAAUCAGGUAAUCAUCAGAAGGGCAGAAGAGCGACUGCAGAUCCACGGCUUCCUCGAAUUUUGCACGAAAGCCGCCGGCCUCGGAGCAGGGAUUAGUGCAGACCCGCUCGGGCGUGUUUGACAUUUCUUCCUCUUUGUGGCUUCUCCUUUUCAAACAAUUCUUGGUCCAUGGUCAAUGAAAACACGAGGAUGUACAUUCCGGAGGAAAACCACCAAGGUCCCAGCUAUGGGAGCCCGCGCCCGGCUCACGCCAACAUGAAUGCCAACGCGGCCGCGGGGCUGGCACCUGAGCACAUCCCCACACCGGGGGCCGCCCUGUCCUGGCAGGCAGCCAUUGAUGCGGCCCGGCAGGCCAAGCUGAUGGGCAGCGCUGGCAACGCCACCAUCUCCACGGUCAGCUCCACGCAGCGGAAGCGGCAGCAGUACGGGAAGCCCAAGAAACAGGGCAGCACGAUGGCCACGCGCCCGCCCCGUGCCCUGCUCUGCCUGACCCUCAAGAACCCCAUCCGGAGGGCAUGCAUCAGCAUCGUGGAGUGGAAGCCAUUUGAAAUCAUUAUUUUACUGACUAUUUUUGCCAACUGUGUGGCCUUAGCGAUCUACAUUCCCUUCCCAGAGGACGACUCGAACGCCACCAACUCCAACCUGGAACGGGUGGAGUAUCUCUUUCUCAUCAUUUUUACUGUGGAAGCAUUUUUAAAAGUCGUAGCCUACGGGCUGCUCUUUCACCCCAACGCUUACCUCCGCAACGGCUGGAACUUGCUGGAUUUUAUCAUUGUGGUUGUCGGGCUUUUCAGUGCAAUCUUAGAGCAAGCCACCAAAGCCGACGGGGCCAACGCCCUGGGAGGGAAGGGGGCUGGAUUCGACGUGAAGGCGCUCAGGGCGUUCCGCGUGCUGCGGCCUCUGCGGCUGGUGUCCGGGGUCCCGAGUCUCCAGGUGGUCCUGAACUCCAUCAUCAAGGCCAUGGUGCCGCUGCUGCACAUCGCCCUGCUCGUGCUCUUCGUCAUUAUCAUCUACGCCAUCAUCGGGCUGGAGCUCUUCAUGGGGAAGAUGCACAAGACCUGCUACAACCAGGAGGGCAUCGCAGAUGUCCCAGCAGAAGACGACCCCUCCCCCUGUGCCCUGGAGACGGGCCACGGCCGGCAGUGCCAGAAUGGCACGGUGUGCAAGCCGGGCUGGGAUGGGCCCAAGCACGGCAUCACCAACUUCGACAACUUUGCCUUCGCCAUGCUGACCGUGUUCCAGUGCAUCACCAUGGAGGGCUGGACCGACGUCCUCUACUGGGUCAAUGAUGCCGUGGGAAGGGACUGGCCCUGGAUCUAUUUUGUUACACUAAUCAUCAUAGGGUCGUUUUUUGUACUUAACUUGGUCCUCGGUGUCCUUAGCGGAGAGUUUUCCAAAGAGAGGGAGAAGGCCAAGGCCCGGGGCGACUUCCAGAAGCUGCGGGAGAAGCAGCAGCUGGAAGAGGACCUGAAGGGCUACCUGGACUGGAUCACGCAGGCGGAGGACAUCGACCCCGAGAACGAGGACGAGGGCUUGGACGAGGAGAAACCCCGAAACAUGAGCAUGCCCACCAGUGAGACCGAGUCUGUCAACACGGAAAACGUGGCUGGAGGCGACAUCGAGGGAGAGAGCUGCGGGGCCAGGCUGGCCCACAGGAUCUCCAAGUCGAAGUUUAGCCGCUACUGGCGCCGCUGGAAUCGGUUCUGCAGGCGGAAGUGCCGCGCGGCCGUGAAGUCGAGCGUCUUCUACUGGCUUGUCAUCUUCCUGGUUUUCCUCAACACGCUCACCAUCGCCUCUGAGCACUACAACCAGCCCCACUGGCUCACGGAAGUCCAAGACACGGCCAACAAGGCGCUGCUGGCCCUGUUCACGGCGGAGAUGCUGCUCAAGAUGUACAGCCUGGGGCUGCAGGCCUACUUCGUGUCCCUGUUCAACCGCUUCGACUGCUUCAUCGUGUGCGGCGGCAUCCUGGAGACCAUCCUGGUGGAGACCAAGAUCAUGUCGCCCCUGGGCAUCUCCGUGCUGAGAUGCGUACGCCUCCUGCGGAUAUUCAAGAUCACGAGGUACUGGAACUCCCUGAGCAACCUGGUGGCGUCCCUGCUGAACUCUGUGCGCUCCAUCGCCUCCCUGCUUCUGCUGCUGUUUCUUUUCAUCAUCAUCUUCUCCCUCCUGGGCAUGCAGCUCUUCGGGGGGAAGUUCAACUUUGAUGAGAUGCAGACCCGGAGGAGCACGUUCGAUAACUUCCCCCAGUCCCUCCUCACCGUGUUUCAGAUCCUGACCGGGGAGGACUGGAAUUCGGUGAUGUAUGAUGGGAUCAUGGCUUAUGGCGGCCCCUCUUUUCCAGGGAUGUUAGUCUGUAUUUACUUCAUCAUCCUCUUCAUCUGUGGAAAUUAUAUCCUACUGAAUGUGUUCUUGGCCAUUGCUGUGGACAACCUGGCUGACGCCGAGAGCCUCACCUCUGCCCAGAAGGAGGAGGAAGAAGAGAAGGAGAGGAAGAAGCUGGCCAGGACUGCCAGCCCAGAGAAGAGACAAGAGGUGGUGGAGAAGCCGGCCGUGGAGGAGACCAAGGAGGAGAAAAUCGAGCUGAAAUCCAUCACUGCGGAUGGAGAGUCCCCCCCUGCCACCAAGAUCAACAUGGACGACCUCCAGCCCAACGAGAAUGAGGACAAGAGUUCCUACCCCAACCUGGAAACCACAGGAGACGAGGAGGAGGAGCCUGAGAUGCCCGUGGGCCCCCGUCCCCGCCCCCUCUCUGAGCUGCACCUGAAGGAGAAGGCGGUGCCCAUGCCAGAAGCCAGCGCCUUCUUCAUCUUCAGCCCGAGCAACAGGUUCCGCCUCCAGUGCCACCGCAUCGUCAACGACUCCAUCUUCACCAACCUGAUCCUCUUCUUCAUCUUGCUCAGCAGCAUCUCCCUGGCUGCUGAGGACCCCGUCCAGCACACCUCCUUCAGGAACCACAUUCUGUUUUAUUUUGACAUUGUUUUCACUACCAUUUUCACCAUUGAAAUUGCUCUGAAGAUCCUAGGCAACGCAGACUAUGUCUUCACUAGUAUCUUUACGUUAGAAAUUAUCCUCAAGAUGACCGCCUACGGGGCCUUCCUGCACAAGGGCUCCUUCUGCCGGAACUACUUCAACAUCCUGGACCUACUGGUGGUCAGCGUGUCCCUCAUCUCCUUCGGCAUCCAGUCCAGCGCCAUCAAUGUGGUGAAGAUCUUGCGGGUCCUGAGGGUGCUGAGACCCCUGAGGGCCAUCAACAGGGCCAAGGGGCUGAAGCACGUGGUGCAGUGCGUGUUCGUGGCCAUCCGCACCAUCGGGAACAUCGUGAUCGUCACCACGCUGCUGCAGUUCAUGUUCGCCUGCAUCGGGGUCCAGCUCUUCAAGGGCAAGCUCUACACCUGCUCGGACAGUUCCAAACAGACAGAGGCCGAAUGCAAGGGGAACUACGUCACAUACAAGGACGGGGAGGUGGAUCACCCCAUCAUCCAGCCCCGCAGCUGGGAGAACAGCAAGUUUGACUUUGACAAUGUCCUGGCGGCUAUGAUGGCCCUGUUCACCGUCUCCACCUUUGAGGGGUGGCCAGAGCUGCUGUACCGCUCCAUCGACUCCCACACGGAGGACAAGGGCCCCAUUUACAACUACCGCGUGGAGAUCUCCGUCUUCUUCAUCAUCUACAUCAUCAUCAUCGCCUUCUUCAUGAUGAACAUCUUCGUGGGCUUCGUCAUUGUCACCUUCCAGGAGCAGGGGGAGCAGGAGUACAAGAACUGCGAGCUGGACAAGAACCAGCGGCAGUGCGUGGAGUACGCGCUGAAGGCCCGGCCCCUGCGGAGGUACAUCCCCAAGAACCAGCACCAGUACAAGGUGUGGUACGUGGUCAACUCCACCUACUUCGAGUACCUGAUGUUCGUCCUCAUCCUGCUGAACACCAUCUGCCUGGCCAUGCAGCACUACGGGCAGAGCUGCCUGUUCAAAAUCGCCAUGAACAUUCUCAACAUGCUGUUCACCGGCCUCUUCACGGUGGAGAUGAUUCUGAAGCUCAUUGCCUUCAAGCCCAAGGGCCACUUUAGUGACCCCUGGAAUGUCUUUGACUGCCUCAUCGUAAUUGGCAGCGUAAUUGACGUCAUUCUCAGUGAGACGAAUCACUAUUUCUGUGAUGCAUGGAACACGUUUGACGCCUUGAUUGUUGUUGGUAGCAUUGUUGACAUAGCCAUCACCGAGGUAAACCCAGCUGAACAUACCCAAUGCUCUCCCUUUAUGAACGCGGAGGAGAACUCCCGCAUCUCCAUCACCUUCUUCCGCCUCUUCCGGGUCAUGCGUCUGGUCAAGCUGCUGAGCCGUGGGGAGGGCAUCCGGACGCUGCUGUGGACGUUCAUCAAGUCCUUCCAGGCCCUGCCCUACGUCGCCCUCCUGAUCGUGAUGCUGUUCUUUAUCUACGCCGUCAUCGGGAUGCAGGUGUUCGGGAAAAUCGCCCUGAAUGACACGACAGAGAUCAACAGGAACAACAACUUCCAGACCUUCCCCCAGGCUGUGCUGCUGCUCUUCAGGUGCGCCACCGGGGAGGCGUGGCAGGACAUCAUGCUGGCCUGCAUGCCGGGCAAGAAGUGCGCGCCCGAGUCGGAGCCGGGCAGCAGCGCCGAGGGGGAGGCGCCCUGCGGCAGCAGCUUCGCCGUCUUCUACUUCAUCAGCUUCUACAUGCUCUGCGCCUUUCUGAUCAUCAACCUCUUCGUAGCUGUCAUCAUGGACAACUUUGACUACCUGACAAGGGACUGGUCCAUUCUGGGUCCCCACCACCUGGACGAAUUCAAGCGAAUCUGGGCGGAGUAUGAUCCUGAAGCCAAGGGUCGCAUCAAGCACCUGGAUGUGGUGACCCUGCUCCGGAGGAUUCAGCCGCCCCUGGGCUUUGGGAAGCUGUGCCCGCACCGCGUGGCGUGCAAACGCCUGGUCUCCAUGAACAUGCCCCUGAACAGCGACGGGACGGUCAUGUUCAACGCCACCCUGUUUGCCCUGGUCCGGACGGCCCUGAGGAUCAAAACGGAAGGGAACCUGGAACAGGCCAACGAGGAGCUGCGGGCCAUCAUCAAGAAGAUCUGGAAGCGGACCAGCAUGAAGCUGCUGGACCAGGUGGUUCCGCCUGCGGGAGAUGAUGAGGUCACGGUGGGCAAGUUUUACGCUACUUUCCUGAUCCAAGAGUAUUUCCGGAAAUUCAAGAAGCGCAAAGAGCAGGGCCUGGUGGGCAAGCCCCCCCAGAGGAACGCCCUGUCCCUGCAGGCUGGUCUGCGCACCCUGCAUGACCUCGGGCCCGAGAUCCGCCGGGCCAUCUCCGGGGACCUGACCGCCGAGGAGGAGCUGGACAAGGCCAUGAAGGAGGCUGUGUCCGCGGCCUCGGAAGAUGACAUCUUCAGGAGGGCCGGUGGCCUGUUCGGCAACCACGUGGGCUACUACCCCAGCGACAGCCGGAGCACCUUCCCCCAGACCUUCACCACCCAGCGCCCUCUGCACAUCAGCAAGGCGGGCACCAGCCAGGGGGACGCGGAGUCGCCCUCCCACGAGAAACUGGUGGAUUCCACCUUCACCCCCAGCAGCUACUCGUCCAUGGGUUCCAACGCCAACAUCAACAACGCCAACAACACCGCCCUGGGCCGCUGCCCCUGCCCUGCCGGCCAGCCCGGUGCUGUCAGCAUCAGCACCGUGGAGGGCCGUGGGCCCCCCUUGUCUCCUGCUGUCCAGGUGCAGGGGGCCUCGUGGAGGCUCAGCUCCCAGAGGUGCCCCUCCCGGGACAGCCUGAUAGCCAUGGUGUGUCAGGACGAGGCCCCUCGGGAUGAGACUUGUGGCCUGAGGAUGGAUGAGGACGCCGAGUACGGCAGCGAGCCCAGCCUGAUCUGCACGGAGAUGCUCUCCUACCAGGACGAUGAGAAUCGGCAGCUGGCGCCCCCCGAGGAGGACAGGAGAGACAUCCAUCUCUCUCCGAAGAGGGGCUUCCUGCGCUCUGCCUCCCUAGGUCGAAGGGCCUCCUUCCACCUUGAGUGUCUGAAGCGACAGAAGAAUCCAGGGGGAGACAUCUCUCAGAAGACAGUUCUGCCUCUGCAUCUCGUUCACCAUCAGGCGCUGGCGGUGGCGGGCCUGAGCCCCCUCCUGCAGAGAAGCCAUCCCCCUGGCGCCCUCCCCCCGCCGCAUGCAACGCCCCCUGCCACGCCUGGCCCGGCCUGGCCCCUGCGGCCUGUGCCCACCCUGCGGCUGGAGGGGGCCGAGUCCAGCGACAAGCUCACCAGCAGCUUCCCAUCCGUCCACUGCGGCCCCUGGGCCGGGGAGCCCACGCCCUGCGGGGCCAGCGGCGGCAUCCGGAGGGCCCGGCCCGUGUCCCUCACUGUGCCCAGCCCGGCAGGGCCCCAGGGCCGGCCCUUCCACGGCAGCGCCAGCAGCCUGGUGGAGGCGGUCUUGAUCUCAGAAGGACUGGGGCAGUUUGCUCAGGAUCCCAGGUUCCUCAAGGCCACCACCCAGGAGCUGGCCGACGCCUGCGACAUGACCAUCGAGGAGAUGGAGAGCGCGGCCGACAACAUCCUCAGCGGGGGCGCCCGGCAGAGCCCCAACGGUACCCUGCUCCCGUGUGCACACUGCAGGGACCCGGGGCCAGACCGAGAGGGGGGCGCGGAGGACGCGGCCUGGGCGCCCAGCCCCGAGCCCCGCCAGGGCGGAGAGGAGCCCCGGGACAGCAGGGCCUUCGCCAGCAGCCUGUAGCAGCCGGGCCGGAGAUGCCGGGUUUUUAUUUGUCUCCAUGUUCCUAAUGGGUCCGUUUCAGAAGUGCCUCACUGUUCUCGUGACCUGGAGUUAACCGGAACAGCGUCUUCAUUCAUUUCGUAGGGACAAGACCGAGUCGGCGGCCAGGAGAGAAGCAGCCGCGGUCCGUGUCCGGCGGGGAGCGGUGGGGGGAGGGCGCGGGCACCAGGGAGGGCCCCCCACCCCCCGCGGCCGCCUCGGCUCCCUCAGCCCUCACCCAAAGGACCCUACGCCAAACGGGUGUCUUUCAACUCUGCUUGUCAAGAACUCGUUUGCACAUAUUCUGUACGCGCCUCACUGUCCCCAUAGAGCCAGGGCCCUGUGCCUUCACGGCAGGAAGGAGGCCCCGGCCAGGCCCUGGGGAGGGGAGGGCGCUGCAGCUCCAGGCUGGCCACGCCCCCUGCGCCACCCGCGUCUGGACCCCCUUCCCACCCGGCCACGGUCACAGCCACGCCGCACCGUCGGCGCCGGGGGAGCGCGCACGCCCGCCGGGACAGGACCGGUGGUGCUGAGCGUCUGUCCAGCGCUCUUUUGUUUGGGGAUUUGACAUUUUUCUUCACAGCAUGUUGCAGUUUUCAUUUGGGGGGUUUUGUUUUUUUAUACUUUUGUUUUCCCAGGGGGAGGGAGGGAGAAGAGUGUUUACAAAGUUUUGCAGCCACCCACCUUACCGUUUUCACUUUUGCAAAUGUAAAUCGGGUUCAGUUUUGUUGUAUUAUUUAACGGUCGUGGUUUCCUUUUCUACGGAGGACUCAACAGAGCCGCCGUGGGAGAGUUUUACCGGCCGUGGUGUACGCCCGAUAGUUCGUUAUCAUUUCCUUAGGUAGUGACAAGAUUUCUUCGGUUUGGUUUCAUAACUUAAAGGUGAUCAGCAAUGCACUUGGUAGGGUCUUGCACAAAUGUGUGUAGUAGCACGUGCCCGAGAGAGGAAGCAGCACGGGUCUCUGCGAGUGUGUGUGCCGUGUGUACGGUGGGGUGUGUGUGUGCGGGCGCGGGCUGAGUGCAGCCACGCCACGCCCGGGCCGCCAGUCCGCCCGCAGUUCCCCUUGGGGCGUAAGGGUGGGGAGCUGUAAAUCUGGGGCCGUUUGAAAGCAAAAGCAAACCACUGUCUCUGCUUCUGAAACGGGAAUCAGUAACUGCAUUUUCUGUCCCACAAGAUAUGCAAAAACAAUGCAAUAAUAUUCAUUUUAAAAACA